UUUUUCACUUUAGAAAUGGGGAAUUCAUCUUCAAGAAAUUCUGAAGAAUUCCAGAGGCGUUAUCUCAUAGGUCGUUUGGACAAAUUAUCUCAGGUGGAACAGAAAUUUUAUGGAUUAUCUCAUCUAGUUAAUUUAAGUGUGACAUGUCACAGCAAGGAAUCAUGUGAAAAUAGUAAUAAAGAUACACACACAUCUCAAAUAACUGACAGUUUUGACUCUAGUUGUAAUGGAUCACAACUUUUUAAACCUUUGCCCCUCAGUAAACCACUGUUCUCAUCAGAAACUUUUGUGAAUUGGAGAGCGCAUUAUGACGUGGAACAACUCAGGAUGAAGCUUAUGCGUAAAAAAGAAAUCAUAUAUUUAGUGCAAAUAGGAAGUUUUCCCUCCUUUAUCACUGAUUUUAAGCUUACAGUAGGAGAUAAAACAUGUUCUCUUUUUGAUCUUUUACAAAUAUUUCUCAGGAUAUUUUAUCAAGAAAUGUCUGUCAUUUGGUUAAAUCCUGUUGAUCCUGAAAAAGAAAACUGGAAUAUAACAACAAGAAAUCAUAAAAUUACUGGGAAAAAACAAUACCUUGUGUCCGAUUUUUAUCCUCGUCUCAAGAAAUGGAAACCAAAUAACUCCUACUGCAUCAUGGGAAUAACAUGGACAGAUCUUUAUCCAACUGAAAGCUUAAACUUUGUUCUUGGUGAAGCUUCAAAGCGACACAGAUCAGGGGUGUUCAGUUUUGGAAGGUUUGAACCCAAAAAGUAUGAUGCAGAAAAUAGCAGAGAUAUUGAGGAAAUCGAUGUCCACUUAUUAUGGAAAUUAUUAAAGGUAUCUAGCCAUGAAAUAGGACAUUUAUUUGGAAUCUCACAUUGUGAUUUUUUUCUUUGUGGAAUGAAUGGCAGCUCAUCAGUGGAGGAGGCAAUGUCACAACCUCUCUUCUUCUGUCCGGUGUGCCUCAGAAAACUUCAACAUGUCUGUAAAUUUGAUAUUGUUCAACGAUACAGGGACCUUAGACAAUUCUUUUAUAGCUUGAAUAAGACAGUGCCUUGUGAAAAUUUUCAGCAAUGUGUGCAGUGGUUAGACAAUUGUUUGCAAUUUCUAUUAGGUGAUACUUAAAUUUGAAUUGUUUAUUAAAUUUCUUU